CAUUCACUCAGUUCGCUGGGAACGUUCGUCGGGGACCGUCGCAGACCUUUUCGUAGAGUGCCGUUUCGUUUCGGAUUUCUUUGUUGGUGGACACUUCAGUGGUUGGAAUCGGUUCACCAGCUGCGAGCGCGAGAAAAGCGGUCAAAUCGGCGCUGUUCAACGGUGCACGAAAGAUUCCAGGAAGAAGGCUAGGAAAACAACAAAAAACGGCAAGUGACGAACCCGCAAACCCCGUUGGCAAACACAGUGAAUUCGAGUGUGACCGGAAGAAAGGUUUCCCAGAGUUGCCAAAUUGGGCGAAAUUUAUGCGUCGCGACAAAGUGCGAAAAAAAAGAGUGGCGGUGACAUCAUCUACAACCUGUUUAACCAGAAGUGUUGAAAAAUCGACAGUCGAAGCUUAGAAGUGUGUCCAAACUAACUUGUUUAAAUCUCAGUGGGUGAAAGAUAACGCAUCGUUGAGCUUUCAAAGUGAAAAUUUUCCUCCCCCACUCGUCAAUUCUGUUGAAAGCUUAGCAAAAAAAGUAAAAUUGUUGUGAAGGUGUUCAUCAGUUUUUUGCAACUACUGAAAACAGAAAGUAUUAGUGCAGUGAAAUUCGUUCGCAAUCGGUGAGAAUUGAUAACAAGAUUUUUUGCUGAAACAAAAAAAGAAGAAAAAGUUUUGACGACUUGUGAAGCUGCCAGCAUAAAAAAGUGUCGAAAAACCUGUUUUAUUAAAUCUGCCAACGGAAAAGAAGAAAAGAUUUUAAAAAGUGCAGCAAUCGAGCUUCUCUUCUCUGUGGCGUGGAAUUUCUUUGGCUGAACGGAUUUUAUUCAUCGGUAGGAGUGGAAGUGGGAGAGCCUGGCGAUCGAUUCACGCACACAUUUUUUAACCGUUUUAUUCAUUGGAUUUGGGACGACACGUGAUGGAUCUUUUGCACGAAUAACAAACAAAGCCCACGCGCCCCUCAUUGCCAUCCGUGGUCACCGUCGUCGUCUUCCGUGCUCCCCAUUCGCCGCCACGAGAUGAGAUGAUCGUGUGUGGCGCCCGGGCUAGGUUAGACGACCUUCACCAUUCCACUGCAGCAGCAUCCCCACCAACGGCAUCGCGACGGCGCACUCAACGGAACACGGAUCUGCCAUGACUUCGUCGUACGAGCGAAUCAAGGCCGAGUGCAAGCAGAAGAAUGUCCUCUGGGAGGACGAGGACUUCCCGGCGACCCAGUCGUCGGUGUUUUACCACCAAACCCCGCCCUUCACCUUCCAGUGGAAGCGCCCGCACGAGAUUACCCAGAACCCGGUCUUUGUCAACGAUUCGACGGCGCAGUUCGACAUCGUGCCGGGCAAGAUGGGCGACCGGUGGCUCGUCAGCUGCCUGGGAGUGCUGUACCUUUCGAAGGGCCUGUUCUACCGGGUCGUGCCCGCCGACCAAAACUUCGACAAGCCAUACUACGGGAUGUUCCGCUUCCGGCUUUGGUGGUGUGGCGAGUGGUUGGAGGUUCUAGUCGACGAUAGAUUACCAACGAUCAACGGCAAGCUGGCCUUCCUGCAGGCCCAGAACUCCAACUCAUUCUGGCCGGGGCUGCUGGAGAAGGCUUACGCCAAAUUACACGGGUCCUACGAAGCUUUAAAGUACGGCACACUGCUGGACGGCCUGGCGGAUCUCACCGGCGGCAUCACCGAGUCGAUAUCGAUCAAAACCGACAGCAAUAUCCUGAUACGACCACCGCUGCUACACUCGCUACUAGACACGACCAGCAUCGUGACCUGUACGGUGAACAACGGCACGACGACGCAGAUCCGGAACGCGACAGAGGCACUGCCAAACGGUCUCCACGUGGGGAUCAACUACCGGUUAUGUUCACUGGAUAAGGCCGAAACCGUAAUGGGCGACACGGUCCAGCUGGUCCGGUUGCGGAACCCGCUCGCCCAAACCAUCAGCAAAACCGCCAGCUUCAACGGCGACUGGUCCUCCUUUUCCAACUCCUGGGAGCGCGUCACCAUGAACGAACGCAACCGGCUCAUCGAACAGCUCGAAGUGGGCGAGUUCUGGAUGUCCUUCUUCGACAUGACGCAAACCUUCACCCACCUCGAGUGCGUCCACCUGGACUCGGACACGGCCCGGGACGAACCACAGCUCUCGGACAAGAACCGACGCUGGCUGAUGCGGCUGUACCAGGGCGCCUGGAAGCGCGGCGUCACGGCCGGCGGCUGCCGCAACAAUCCGGACUCGUUCCACAUCAACCCCCAACUGCAGCUCUUCCUAAGCGAAAAAGAGGAUGUGAUAAUCUCGGUCAACCAGCACAGCGUGCUGGAACCCAAAGUGAUCGGCUUUACGGUGUAUAAUCUUAACAAUGUUCAAAACAUCAACGGUUGCCUCUCGAAGAACUUUUUCAAGAAGCACAAGAGCUUAGUCAACUCCCAGUAUACCAACUCGCGCCAGAUAAGCCACCGCUGCACGCUGGACACCGGCCGGUACCUGAUCAUGGCGACGACCUUCGAGCCGGCCGAGGAGGCGUCCUUUAGUGUGCGCGUGCUCGGAUCGACGAUCCGGCUCGCCCUUCUCGAGACACAAACCAUGCUGCUGCUGGAUCCGUUUCCGCUGCUCAACUCCAGCGCCAAGAUAUCGAUGGACUCGGCGAACAACAACGUGAACAACAACAACAACAACAGCGUGUCGGCGACGACGAGUACGGCGCAGUACGAGCCGGUGUUUAUGCAGCUGGCGGACGAUCAGAGGACAUUAAACUGCUUCGACCUGCAAGAACUGCUGGAGGCGUGCCUACCCAACGACUACAUCCGAAGCUGUGCCAGUCUAGAAGUGUGCCGACAGGUUGUCUGCCUGAUGGACAAAACCAACCGCGGCCGAAUAAAUUUCAACGAUUUCAACAAGUUCAUGGUGAACCUGAAGACCUGGUGGGGCGUGUUCAAGAUGCACACGAAGGAAAAGUCCGGCAUCCUGCGGGCGGAACGGUUCCGCGAUGCGCUGUACGACGUCGGCUUCCAGCUUAGCACGGACAUUCUGUCGAUUUUGAUUCUGAGAUACAUGAGGAGGGACGGAACACUCCGGUUAUCGGACUUUAUAUCGGCCAUCCUGCAUCUGACGAUGGCGUUCGAGCUGUUCAAGGCCAAGGACACCAACCAGGAUGGGGUCAUCAGCAUGGGAAUGACGGAGUUUAUCAAAUCGGUGUUCAUGUGUUGACCGCCUGAACCGCCCAACUGCGAAGACAACGUAGUUUCGAAAACCGUUAACGAUAGAAGAUUUAAGAGAGUACCACUCGUGUAUAGUUUAUAACUUGUUUAACAUUUGUUUUAAUCGAAUCGAGACGUAUGAACAACCUAGCCUGUAAAUGUUUUCAGCGCUUGUGCAAACAAUUAGAAACAAAUUUGCUCAUUAACAUUACUAGUAAUAGUUGUUUUGUAAACUGAUUAGUUGAUAAAUAAAACGCAAAAUUUGUACAUAAU